GGAUCCAGCUCUGUGUUGUGCGCAUCCCACUCCGCGCAUGUGGACCAUUCCCAGCAAAAACCCGGCGUCGCUUAGAGAGUUAACCUGACCCGAUCCUUUUAAUUUUACUCACUUACUUGUUCAGGUUUUCCUGAAGUCAAGUCAGCAUGCAGAUCAAAGCCCCAGCUGGUUUUCAGCCCCAGGAUGUCAGGCAGCGGCAGAACCCUCCCGUACCUUGCCGAUCCCGCUACAGGAAGUUCGACAUUUACCGUGACGUACAGCAGUUCAACUAUAUAGACACUCAUGCCAUUCAGGUUGCACAACAAGACCAUGAUAACUUCAGUGACCUCAUCUGGCACCUGGUCUACAGUCAGAAGAACAUCCAGUCUGAACUUGAUAAAGCCAGAGUUAUUUUUCGAUGGAUGACCUCAAAGAACAUGUACACAAUCCAGUUCCGAGAUGGAGCCCAGGCUGGGUCCCCAGAAGAAGUGCUGCUGUCUUUUAAGAACAAGCAGGGAACAUACGCACGCAUCUUUGAGACAUUGUGCAGGUUUUCCGACCUGCACUGUGCUGUACUGACUGGCUAUGCGAAGGGUCUGGACUACCGCCCCGGGGACCAGUUCAAGACGAACGACUACAACCACAGCUGGAACGGCGUGCUCAUUGACGGAAACUGGUACCUCGUCGACUCCCACUGGGCCACGCGAUACCUCACCUCGGAGAAGAACAAACCAGAAAACUUGGUGUACGAGUACGACGACUUCUACUUCCUGACUGACCCGGAGCAGCUGAUCUACAGCCACUGGGCGCACAAGAAGGAGUGGCAGCUGCUGUCGCGCAACAUCUCGCUGCAGGAUUUCGAGAACCUGCCCCUUGUCAAGUCGUACUUCUUCAAGUGCAGCAUGUUCUUCAUCUCGCACCACGUGGGUGUCGUCAACACCGACAAGGGCUGCAUCGCCAUCACGCUGGGCCACGGCAAGCCGACCAACUUCACGUACAAGAUCACGUUCGCAGACACGAACGACGAGAUCUUCCAGGGCCAGAAGCUGAAGAACUACGCACUGCAGGAGCACGGCCGGAACCAGACGAGCACGUUCAUAUUCCGCGCCCCACGCCCGGGGCAGUACUACUUCACCAUCUUCGCCCAGCUGCUGACAGGGGAGCUUGGGGUGAAGAACGUCUUCACGGCGUCGGCCGAGUUCAAAGUGAUCGCGGACCAGCCCGCGAUGGACGCCGUGCCGCUGCCCAACUGUUCGGACAGCAGCUGGGGGCCGGGUGUGGCUGUGGAUCAGAUGGGACUGGUGGCCAGUCCACCACAGGGUGUUAUCGCAUGUCCCGAUGGAAAGGUCAAACUUGAGUUCAAGAAAACGAGACCCGCUUUCAUUCUCGCGAAACUGCGCAAGAACGGGAUGCGCGACGAGGAUCUGGAGCACUGCAUCCAGGACGACGACCAGAACGACAAGGUGGUGGUCACUGCAGACUUACCACAGAAGGGGGAGUACGGUAUCGAGAUCUACGGCAACGAUCCGUCGCGGGACGGUGACACUUACACCCACAUCUGUCAGUACUACGUGCACUACGCAGACCCCAGCGACCAGGACAAGGCCUUCUACCAGGCGUCGCCCGAGAGUCGUGUGUACAUGGGAGGACCCAAUGACAUGAUGAACAGCCAGGGAGGAUACUCGCCAGAUUCAAGAGGGACCGUUUCUGACCGGAUCACAAUGGCGGACAAACCGACUUUGCCACAUGGCUACCUUGGUCCCCAGCCGAAAUUCGCACAGCUGGGUCUGUCGACCAUGUCGCACAACAAUCCAGAAAUCAACGUCAACGACAACGAGCUGGAGAUUAAGUUGCAGACGACACAGCCGUUGAAGGUGACGUCAAAUCUAAUAAACGUCAAACGCGACCAGACGAGCAAAGAACACGCCUUCCAGCAGACGGACAGCAACCUUGUGAGCUUCCACAUCAUUCUUCCCGAGACCGGGUACUUCAAAUUUCAGAUUUUUGCUCUACCCGCCAGCGACGAAAGCAGACAACUUCCGGGAGUCUUCAACUACCUGAUAAACUGCACGCAAGCCACGAAACCCUGCCACCCGUUCCCGAAACAGUACGCACCUUGGUUGGAAGGGGGUUUCCUCUACGAGCCCCUCUACCUGAGCAGGGACAACCAGUUGAAUAACGUCCACUUCAAGCUGAAGAUACCGAAAGCCGAAUCCGUGGCGGUCACGGUUGACGGGGAUUGGCAGCAUCUUCAGAAGACGGGAGAGGCGGAUGUUUGGGAAGGGAAUGUGUCAUUGGAAAAAAUCAGAGAAAAAACGGAUCCCAAGGUUUCGCUGAAUGCCAACUACGGUGGAGAUCAAAGCAAGUAUGCGGUUCUUCUUGACUACAAGCUUUAGAUGUUUACAGAACUUUGAGGUAUCGGCAGUGGAAAUCAAAAGAAAAGUAUAUUGUCUUCAAUUCAUGAUGAAUUCUUCAGAAGACAGGGGAUGCUAUUAAAAGAAGUGCUGUUUCAAUACUUGUCUUUCGGCAGCUCCUUUCCUAUCUUUUCACUUACCUGUUUCAGACUUUGGUUACAAUGUUGAAUUAGUAACCUCAACAAUUGCUUUGGCAUGAGUCACAUUUCCAGCAUUCUUGCAGGCAUGGAGCGCUCUCAGAUUUUGGAAUGUCAGUAUAUAUUCCUUCAGUUUAGAUGUAGUGAUGCUGUAGUGAUGUAGUGAUAUAGUGAUUUGUUUUCUCAUUAUUUUCAAUAUUACCGCAACAUACGUUGAAACUACAUCCUUCGGAAAUUCAGUUUAUACGGUUAUCAGGAAUAGAACACUUUCUUGGGGCUUCAACGAAAGAAUUACAUUAAGGAUUAUGUUGAACUAAUUUAUAAUAGUUUAUUCACCAGUGCAACUGUUUAAAGCAGACUUUUUGUACUUCGUGUGGAACUUUUUUUUUGAUCAGAGGAUUAUAUUCACCGACAAUGAAUGACAUUACUGCUGGCUCUACUUAAAUAUAUAUUCAUAAACUCGUUUUUACAUCUGAAAAUGUUGGAACAUUUCUGCAUACGUUUUAGUAGCACACUCGUAUAUUGGUUUACUUUUUAUGAACUCACAGUUUUUAUAAACACAACUUUACUGUUUUUAAUAUUUUAAUUAAUUAAUUAAUUAAUUAAUUAUUAUUUAUUAUUUAUUUUAGUCAAACGUAGUUUGUUUUUAUAAUGCUUUUAAAAUAAUGUGUUUUUUUUUUAUAUAUAACAAAAUUGUUUGCUCAAGAUUUGAAUUUAAGUACCAAACGACUGUUACUGUUCGUAUGUGCUCAAAAAUAUAUUGGAAUAAGUAAUUUAA